GUUGGGAGGAGGGGGAGCGACUGCGCUCCCCGGGUCAAGGCGGGGGGUGCGAGGAGCGGGGUGGGGAUGCCCGGGGCUCAGGGAGGGGCCGCAGCUCUGUCAGCCGUGGCAGAGCCGCCUGUGAGCUCCGCGCGAGUAGAGCCAGAGUCCCUGUUCUUUGCUCGCCCUCUCGCUAGUUUUCUCGAUCACUCCCUCCCUUCCUCCCUCCCUUCUUCCCGGCGGCCGCGGCGGCGCUGGGAAAGCGGCGAAGAGGAGUGGCCCUGCCCUGGAAGAAUGCGGCUCUGCUGAGGGGGCAGAACCCGACGCAUUCUCCCCACGGUUUGAGCAGCCCGAGUCAAGGCGACCCGACCUCGCUGGUGGCGGACCCUGCACCAGAGCAGCUGGAGGCCCUGAUCGAUCUGCCCACCGGGGCCUUCGGGCCCGGGCUUCGACAUGCCUGAGGAGCCCCGGCCUCGGCCUCGGCCUCCGCCCUGGGGCCUCGCGGGUCUUCUGUUCCUGGCGUUGUGCAGUCGGGCCCUAAGCAAUGAGAUUUUGGGCCUUAAGCUGCCCGGUGAGCCGCCGCUGACCGCCAACACCGUGUGCUUGACGCUGUCGGGCCUGAGCAAGCGGCAGCUAGGCCUGUGCCUGCGCAGCCCCGACGUGACCGCGUCCGCGCUUCAGGGCCUGCACAUCGCGGUCCACGAGUGUCAGCACCAGCUGCGCGAUCAGCGCUGGAACUGCUCCGCGCUCGAGGGCGGCGGCCGCUUGCCGCACCACAGCGCCAUCCUCAAGCGCGGUUUUCGUGAGAGUGCCUUUUCCUUCUCCAUGCUGGCUGCUGGGGUCAUGCAUGCGGUAGCCACAGCCUGCAGCCUGGGCAAGCUGGUGAGCUGCGGCUGUGGCUGGAAGGGCAGUGGUGAGCAGGAUCGGCUGAGGGCCAAACUGCUGCAGCUGCAGGCACUAUCCCGCGGCAAGACUUUCCCCCACUCCCUGCCCAGCCCGGGCCCUGGCUCAGGCCCCAGCCCUAGCCCCCAGGACACAUGGGAAUGGGGUGGCUGUAACCAUGACAUGGACUUUGGAGAGAAGUUCUCCCGGGAUUUCUUGGAUUCCAGGGAAGCUCCCCGGGACAUCCAGGCACGAAUGCGAAUCCACAACAACAGAGUGGGGCGACAGGUGGUAACUGAAAACCUAAAGCGGAAAUGCAAGUGCCAUGGCACAUCAGGCAGCUGCCAGUUCAAGACCUGCUGGAGGGCGGCCCCAGAGUUCCGGGCAGUGGGGGCGGCGUUAAGGGAACGACUGGGCAGGGCCAUCUUCAUUGAUACCCACAACCGAAACUCCGGAGCCUUCCAGCCCCGCCUCCGUCCCCGACGCCUCUCAGGAGAGCUGGUUUACUUUGAGAAGUCUCCUGAUUUCUGUGAGCGAGACCCCACCGUGGGCUCCCCAGGCACCCGGGGCCGGGCCUGCAACAAGACCAGCCGCCUGCUGGACGGCUGUGGCAGCCUGUGUUGUGGCCGUGGCCACAACAUGCUCCGGCAGACAAGAGUUGAGCGCUGUCAUUGCCGCUUUCACUGGUGCUGCUACGUGCUGUGUGAUGAGUGCAAGGUCACAGAGUGGGUCAAUGUGUGUAAGUGAAGGUCAGCUUCACAGUAGGCUGGGGAAAGGAGGUACACCUUUUCAGUCUUUUGUUCUAAUUUCAGUUCAAGGUCAAUCUUGGCCCCUGAAAACUCAAAGUAUGUACCUAGAAACAGCUUUGGGGAUGGUGGGGGUCAGGUGAUAUGUGGCCUUCUCCCUCACAGUUGAAGGGCCAUGAGGGGAAGAUGUCACCCCUCUUCUGCUCCUUAAACACCUAGAUGGACUAAGAUGAAAUGCACUGUAUUGUCCCCCUCUCCCCAACCCUGGGGUCCCUUUAACUCUGAUUCACACUCCUUUUGGCUGGGGAGUCCCUAUAGUUUGACCACUCUUCUCCUUUGAGGGCUAGCCCGAGGCAUUGUGUGGAGCCAUGAGACCUAUAUCCAGAAAGAAACUACUCAUUCCCUUUGCUGUUCCUGAACUGCUCUACUGCAGCCUGAGUGCCUCUUGUGGGGUAAUGGGAGACAGUGGCAGAGAGGUUUUUCUUAGGGGUGGGACAUAGUGCCAGGGCACUCUCUCCUGAGUCCUCAGAGUCAUUUGUCCAGGCCCUAAGGGAAGUUGUCUGCCCUUCCAUUCAGAUGUUAAAGGGGACCCUCCAAAGGAAGAGUUUUGCCUAAACUUUCUGAGCCUCUCUUUCUUUAGCAGAAGGGAUGAGAAUGGAUAAUUUAUUGUACUGAGACUUGUUCUUGGUUCCUGUUUGUAACUAAAAUAAAUUAAGUUACUGGA